GCGCGGCCGGCGCCCCCGCCCGCCCGCCCGCGACCGUGCCAGCCCCUUCCGUCCGCUCGCCCCGCCGCUGUCCUCCGCCGGCCCGCGUGGGAGGACGAUGGGUCAGCGCGGAAAAAGUGAAUGAGGGCGGCGGCGGCGGCAGCGAGCGCCUAAGUCGGCCGGGCCGAGCACCGCGCGCCCCCCGCCCGCCGGCUCCAUGGACGCGCCGCGCGCCUCGGCGGCCAAGCCCCCCACCGGGAGGAAGAUGAAGGCUCGUGCCCCCCCUCCUCCUGGAAAACCGACCACGCCCAAUGUGCACAGCAGACAGAAGCUUCCCCGGGAUGUGUCCCCUGGCCCUCCACAGAACCUGCUGCACAUGAAGGAGAACUUGAGGAACAGCAUGGUGGCGGUCACCGUGGUUCUGCCCAGUGGGCUGGAGAAGAAGAGCGUGGUCAAUGGCAGCCAUGCAAUGAUGGACCUACUGGUUGAACUUUGUCUUCAGAACCACCUAAAUCCAUCCCACCAUGCCCUCGAGAUCCGGUCUUCGGAAACCGAGCAGCCUUUGAGUUUUAAGCCAAAUACUUUAGUUGGGACCCUGAAUGUGCACACUGUAUUUCUCAAAGAGAAAGUUCCCGAAGAGAAGGUGAAGCCUGCCCCACCCAAGGCACCUGAGAAAUCUGUGCGCUUGGUAGUGAAUUACCUGCGAACCCAGAAGGCCGUCGUGCGUGUGAGCCCCGAGGUGCCACUCCAGAACAUUCUCCCAGUCAUCUGUGCAAAGUGUGAAGUCAGCCCAGAGCACGUGGUGCUCCUCAGGGACAACAUUGCCGGGGAGGAGGUGGAACUUUCCAAGUCCCUCAACGAGCUGGGGAUAAAGGAGCUCUACGCGUGGGACAACAAACGAGAAACCUUUAGAAAAUCAUCGCUUGCCAAUGAUGAGACAGAUAAAGAGAAGAAAAAAUUUCUGGGAUUUUUCAAAGUUAAUAAAAGAAGCAGUAGUAAGGCCGAGCAGAUUGGGCGGUCCGGGUUGGACAGCGAUGAGGACACCUCACAGUCUGCUUUGGAAAAGGGCUCGAAUGGCUGCCUGACAACGCCCAACUCCCCAUCUGUGAAUUCCCGUUCCAUUACGUUGGGUCCAUCCCUCUCACUCAGCAACAUCUCAGGGGUGUCUGUGAAGUCGGACCUGAAGAAGCGGCGGGCACCCCCUCCUCCGACCCUGCCAGGCACGGGGCCACCAGCGCAGGACAAGGCCUUGGAAAAGGUAUCUCUGGGGUCCCAGAUUGACCUGCAGAAAAAGAAGAGGCGGGCGCCAGCCCCCCCGACGCCACAGCCCCCGACGCCAAGCCCCCUGGUGCCCCCUCGCACGCAGGACAGGGAGGAGAACAGGAAGAGCACCACGGGUGUUGGACGGCAGGUGCCACAAAAGCCUCCCAGAGGCUCUGCUCGGGGGCCCCCCCUGUUAGUGCUCCCCCCGCCCCCACCCUACCCUCCUCCCGACACAGACGUGGCGGAGCCUCUCGGCUUUCCUGGGGAGAGUACUGGUUCCGAGGCCUCGGACCUGAGACCCACACUGAGCCUGCCCCUGGGCCCCAGCAGUCCCUGCGGCACGGACAAGGUCCCGCCGGUGCCGUGUGAGGCCGAGGAGACCGAGUCUGUCAGCAGCUGUUUCGCAUCAGAAGACACAACUGAAGACUCUGGAGUGGUGAGCUCCCCCUCAGACAUCAUCUCCCUGGAUUCCCAACACGACAGCAUGAAAUCCAAAGAUAAGUGGGCCACAGACCAGGAAGACGGCAGUGACCAGGACCUGGCUGGAACCCCAGAACUGGGUCCCCACAAGAACCCCACCUGGGAGAGGAACGGCUCUGGGAACUGGCAUCCAAGACCUAAAGCCGCUAUAACCUCCAGUGGUGAUGAAGACCUGUUUCUCACCGGGCAGUUCCAGAAAACCCUUGAGGAACUGGAUGAGGAGCUGGAAGAACUGGAAGAGAGCCCUGAAGACUGCAGCCUGCCAACCGGCUCUGUGAAUGGCGUGUCCCCUCACUGCACGCCAGGAGCCACCAUCCCCGAGUGUGAUGAGGACACAAUCCCAGUCACCUUCAUCGGAGAGGUUUCAGAUGACCCUGUGGAUUCGGGGUUGUCUUCCAAUCAAAACAACAAUGCUGGUCUAGGGGGCAUCGUGGGCAGGGAAGCCCCCCCAGCGCCACGUCAGGAGGAGAACAGCCAGCAGCGUGGAAGGAGGGCAGAAGUGCCCAACGCACCCGCUCCUCCCCACGACAUCGGGGAAGAACGCAAACCCGCCUCGUCCAACCCCUGUGAGGCUGUGAAUCUGAAUAAGAUGGAGCCCAAGGUGACUGCGGCAGCGUUUCCCCCGCACGGCCCAGAUGCAGAGCUGAGUGGCGAGGAGCCUGCCUCUGCUCUCGGUGGGAAGACGCAGGCCAGCAAGACGGCGAGGUCACAGCCAGUGAGGGACAAGGAAGGUGAGGGUGUGAGUAGUGGCUCAGCACCACCAUCCUGGUAUCAACGGGGCCAAAGCCCAGGGGGGAGUUAUGGACUUAAAUAUGGCCUCACGACGUAUAAGAUUGUCCCUCCGAAGUCAGAGAUGAGGUGUUAUGACAGAGGAGUGUCGCUCUCAACAGGUGCCAUUAAGAUUGAUGAGCUAGGGAAUCUGGUGAGUCCCCAUGCCGACAGGGGCAAGACCAUAGCCCUGUCGCCGUCCGCCCUCGACUUGGAAACCCAGCCCAUUGGAAAAGUCAAAGAAUUCUGGAGGUCCAACUCCCUACAGAAACACUUUGGCCAGCCCACAGAGGGCUUCACCAAGAGGACCCCCACUCCCGCCACACCAGGGAAGCCACAGUCUCAAGAAAACAGACUCCGAACAGAGCCCACCUUCCCAGACCCCAAAGUGACGUCACCCCCACAGCAGUCUGCCCGCCAAGAAGGGGGGGGACAUCUGGAGGAGGGCAGAAGCCGGCCACCCACGGCUGCCCCUUGUCACAUCAAAGUGCCAGCAGGGAACGCCACGGAAGUCCCAUUUCUCAAGCCUCAGAGAAGAACGUCCAGUCAGUAUGUGGCCUCUGCCAUUGCCAAGCGGAUAGGGCCCCAGAAAGCCCACACCGGCCUGGUGAGGAAGCACGGCCAUGCCGAGGAGACCCGGGAAGGCGGAGCGCCAGAGCUGGCUGGACAGCCUCCCGCUAGGACAGACGGCACAGCCCCCAGCCCGUACUCAGACACACGCUCCCGUACCUAUGGGGGAGCCUCGGCGGUGGGAGCCCAGCCCAGAGCGCAGGUCAGCAGCCCUCCUGGAAAGCUGUCUGCUCCAGACUAUCCUGCUGGCGUCCACAGAAGUCCCUAUGUGCCGCCCGUCCCAGCUUCCCAGAGGGAUCACGUUUCUGUGACGCAGAGCUGGAGCCUCAGUGGAAGGCAAAGCACCAGCAACCCCAGGACCGGCUCAGCAUCUGCCCCCACAUGCACGCUGGAUGGUACAAACCCCCUGCCUGCCCGCUCGGGAGAUGAUCAGACUCCUGGCAGGACCCUGGUGGACGGCUCCAGGUGGGGCCCCAUCCACGCCGAGCCCCCUCAGUCUCCGAGAGGGUCCGGCAUGAAUAACCAUGCCGGACAGGAGCCCCUACAACAGGAGGAAAAGCCCAGUUUGUCGUGCGCAGAGGUACACGAGACCGACGGUACGCCGUCCCCCAGCAUCUUUGGGCCAAAGAAGAAAUUCCGACCCGUGGUCCAGAGGCCAGCAACAAAAGACACAUCGCUGCACAGUGCUCUCAUGGAAGCCAUCCACUCGGCGGGAGGGAAGGACGGGCUUCGCAAGAUUGCAGCAGACACCUCCGAGGGAGGGCCCAGGAAGCCGUCCUACACGGAGACCGCGGGCGAGCGCUCUGCACUGCUGUCCGCCAUCCGAGGGCACAGCGGUGCCUGCAGCCUGCGGAAGGUGUCAUCCUUCGCCUCCGAGGAGCUGCGGAGCUUCCGGGACGCCGAGCAGUCAUCAGAGCCGCCAGGACUCCGUGACCUUGGCCUUCAGCCCCUGCCCGCCCCGCCCCCACCGCCUCCGGCCACCCAGGCUCCCUCCACAUCCAGGAUGGCGGCCAGGUCCAGCUCAGGCAACCCCGCCCAAGCCAGGCAGGCCCUGAUGGACGCCAUCCGUUCCGGCACGGGGGCCGCGAGAUUGAGAAAGGUGACAGUACGUGACCAUGUGCCCUUGCUCGUGUAAAUCAUUGAGAAGAUCAGAUUGUGGCAGAAACCCACCUGUGAGCCAUCCACAGUCACCACUGGAGGACGCCGCGUGGCAGGGGGCAUCAGAAUUUGGUGCACUUUCUUGUCUACAGGCCAAACUCACACAAUUGAUUUUCAGUCCUGCAAAAUGUUUCCAAGGGAGGGCGAGAUGCUGCUCAGCCGUGCAGCUUGUUGUGUGCCAAGGAAACAUGUUUGCCUCUGAAUAUUUAAAGUUGCCAAUAAACUAUUCUUGUUGGCAGGUUAAUGGGGAUAUGAGUGCUGGAGUCCAACACUACACUGAAUUAUGGUGACCUUAGACUGAUUCUGGACUUUUGAGAUUUUACCACAUAGAGAUGGUUAAGACCAUUUAGCUAUUCGAAAUCUUUUGAAUUCUAAGGAAAUAUGUAUAAACCACUUGAAACAAUCUGAAUGUAAUACACUCUGUGAUGUUUUGGUAGUAAGAAAGGAGCAGAAGAUGACUGUUGCAUAAUGAAACCAUUGGAUUUUUAUCCUACAAAAAUGUGGGGUUACAACCUCACAGAGCGUCACAGACCAUGAUCUGACCAACUAAGCUUUUAGAAAAUCAAUGGUUAUCACCCACAAUAUGAUCACACCUGAUGUCUGGACAGGCGUUUCUGAUUCUCCGAGGGUGACAGUGACAGAGAUCAGAAAGUCAUUGGUGUGGACGGUGAGUGCCCCACUUUGCAGGCAUCCCCAUGGGCUGGGAAGUAAAAUGAGCCCUUCCCGCUCCGUCCCAGGAGGGCUGUGUAUGGAGCCCGAUGACUGCCCUGAGAACCUUCCGAAAUCCUGCACGGGGCCAAGAGCAGGGACACUGGGUGGAUGUCUUGUGUGUCGCCAUGAUCAGAUCAAAACUGUGCUGGUAUUUCAUGGUUUGGGUUCAGUCUGGGCGUGUUUACCCUAUGGAUCAGUGGCACCCCUGUAUCAUAUGGAAGGCUUUUCUUAGCACCCGGUAUUCUGCCACUGGUAUUUAUAAUGUUUAGACACAGUGCUAGUUUUUCACUUCUCUCUGUAAAGCCUUUUGUUACAUUGAAAAGAGAUCUUUAAGAGAUGAAUAGAAAUCAAGAGGAGUUCAUGAAAUAAAAUCUCUAUCUUAAUGGAACAACAAAUAUAGUGAGAUCAUUUUAACAUUUCACAAGUGUUUCAGAUCAAGGCGUCACAUAGAAUGGAAACUUUACUCUGCAUUGUCUGAUGCUAGAUGCUCACCUUCCCAGACUGGCAAGAGCAUCAGCCUAUCUCUCUUAAACCACAUGUCUCUAUGUGUCUUUUAGUGCCACAAAUAAAAGAAAAUGAA